AUGGUGUGUCCCCGGACGUACCAUAAAACCCAGUAUCGCACCAUUGAAGUCUCUGAAACCAUCACUCUCACAGAUUGCUGUGAGGGAUAUGAACAAGUUGGACUCUACUGCUCUCUAGCACUCAACAGAUCCAGUGUGUUUGCCUCAAGACCUGGUAUUUGUCCAAUGGAGAAUAUGGAAACCUCUGAUUAUCCCUGCACGUUCGACGCUGAGUGUCCAGGGCUCAAAAAAUGCUGCAGCUCAUCCAAAGGAGCAGGCUGCGUGGACCCAAUGCCAGAGGGAAGAACAUUCUGGUACAACGUGACAGUGCUUGUGAAAAUGGAUUUUAAUGAAUUAAUCAGAGUGGACUCCCACCUUCUGAAUCAUUCCCGCCUUUUGCACUCCAUGAUCACUGGUGCGUUGCAGCCCUUGAAUGCCUCUGUGCACCACAUCCAGAGCAAUCCUGCAGGGAUAUACGCCGGGACAGUGGCCUCCCAGGUUCUCCUUGGGCUGCACCAACCAGCUCUGCUGGCUGAGGUCUCUUCUUCCCUGGGUGACGUGGUGAAACGCGUGUAUGAAGUGAUUGACACACAAGUGCAAGAUGUCAACGAAUGUUCCUACGCUGAACUCAACGCCUGCCCCCAGAAAAGCACCUGUGUAAACCUGGAGGGUUAUUACAGCUGUGACCCUCACACCCAUGUCACCCCUCACCAGCUGAGCCGAAGGAAGGAAGGCAUUGCAGCAUCUACUCCAAGUUCAGCAGUAGAUGCCCUUAGUACCAGCAAUAGCUCUCCUUCUGUAAUGAAUUCAAGUCUUUUGUCCAUAACUAACCAAUCUGAAGAUACUGGAUGCUAUCCUUCUGCAGUGACAAACCACCGAAUCUUCAGCGUUACCGGCAACAGUUUUGAAAUGUCCUGGCAUGUCACUUCUCCUCUGAACCACACUUUCCAAGUCCAAGUUUUCAAGGGCCAGGAGACUGUCCAAGACCUGAAGACAGAGGAAAUGAAAAUGAAUGUGUCUCAUCUGGAAGCAGGUGUGAUGUAUUCAGUCGAGGUCAGCUACGAAACCUGUGGAAAAACCAUCAUUUCCCGACAAAGUGUUAAAACAGAGGCCCAGAUAUUUGAUGUCACUCUGAGGAUUCUCAACUACAACUUCACUGAUGAUUUCCAUAAUUCCAGCAGCUCAGCGUAUGAAGAAUUUUCAAGGCUGUUUCUUACAGAGCUUGAACAUUCAUUUCCACCCGACAUUUCUGCUUUACACAAAUCUGGGAAGCUGAAAUUGCAGAUUGAAUCCCUGCAGGCUGGAAGUGUCAUUGUGAGGCUCAGAAUCACUGUGCAGGAUCCUGAGUUUCCAGUCAAUACCUCCACAUUUGCCCUAGUGCUUUCCUACCUGCACAACAGUUCCAUGAUUUUGGUGGAUCAGCAAAACACCACAGUAGGAGACUGGGAUGAAUGUGCUUCUCACACCGAGAACGACUGCUCUGUGUUUGCAGAGUGUAUCAAUUUGAUGGGCUCCUACAUGUGCAGAUGCAAGACAGCCAUGGAUACCAAUCCAUCCAGGCCUGGAAGGAACUGUGAGGGUGAGAUUGUGGAUCCUCUGGCUGAAACAAUGGCUCCUGAAACAAGAAACAGCACAGAGUUUGCUCCUGAAGAAGGAAGCCCUGCAGGCCUUGCAUCUCCUGCUUCCACUGAGACAGCGGCCUCUUUGCUGCCCCUGGGUGACAAACAAGUGUCCCACAGUCCCACCAGUGCUCCUUCAGCCCCUUGGAAUAGAGAUGUCCAGAAGCUUAGUGGCACAGUUCGGAUAACAAAUGUGAAAUACUCCCCAGGCUUUAGCAAUACCAGCAGUGAGGAAUAUCAAACCUUUGCACAGCUCUUUGUUGAUGAAGUACAUAAAUCUCUACCCCUCGAUGUUCUUCAGCAGGUGGAUGCUGGUGUGAUUAAAGUGCUGAUAACGGGUAUUACCAAUGGCAGCACGGUGGUAGGUUUCAAUUUAGUGGUUGCAGAAGAUGUGGAUAUUCACUGUGUCAUCACCACUUUUCGGGAUGCCUUGGAACACAGCUCCUACUUCACCAUCGACAAGAGCAGCCUCUCCAUAAAGGCACUUCCUAUCAGCCAGAAGGCAACAGUGACAGAUAAGAAACCUGUGCACAACACAGUUUUAUCUGUGACAUCUUUGCAAACUUCUUUCCCUGCUUCACUGGACUUCUCUGCUGCUGAGCACAAAGCUCUGGAGGACACCACAUUCUCCAGCACGGUGGUGUCUCCUCUCACCAAGGAUCCCGUGUCAACUCCUGAUGUUUCUCCUCAAGCAUCUCCAGCCCCCCUUGCCAAACCUGCCCAGGAGGCUUCCAUUAAAGACGCAGUGAGCGUGUUCUGUGAAAUUGAGAAGAUCGUCCUGGCCAUCCAGAAGAGGUUUUUACAGCAGGAGUCCAUCCCAGAAGCCUCCCUCUACCUGGGGGAGCCUCACUGCAAUGUGAGCAGGAGCAAUGGCACCCACGUUGUGCUGCAGGCAGGAUGGAGAGACUGCGGCACCGAGGUGGAGACCAACGUGACUAAUACUGUAGUGAAAACCAUCCUUCGGAACGACGUUCCUGCUCAGGGAAUAAUCCACCACUUAAAAGUUGCCAGUCCCAUUCACUGUGUGUUUCAAAAUGAUGUCUUGGCUUCCUCUGGGUACACUGCAGAAGGACUUUACACCAUCUUUGAGGACUUGCAUGGAUCUGGACACUUCAGAACACAAAUGCAGCUGUUUAUUGGGAACUCCCCAAUACCAAAGAACUUCAGUGUCUCUGCCAGUGACAAUGUGCUGAUCGAAGUGGGGAUCCAGAGAGGGGACAGCAAGCUCAAGGUGGUUCUCACUGACUGCUGGGCAACUCCAACUAAUAAUUCAGUGGAUCCCCUCUCAUUUGUUUUAUCAGCAACAGUUUUGUCAAGGCGUUGUACUUUUGACCUAAAGGUGAUUUUGGCAGUCAGCAGUGAAAGAGCAUUGGAAAAAAUGGGUGCUUUAUCUAUUUCUCUGUGCUGUCCCAUCCCAAAUGCAUACACCACACUGCUAGAGAAUGGGAACUCAAGCAAAGCCCAGUUUAAGAUGAAAAUUUUUUCCUUUGUCAACAAUUCUGUGGUUUACUUACACUGCAGAAUUCGUAUCUGUAUGGAGACACCAGGAAGAACCUGCAGGACAAGAUGCCACCCAAUGGUUCGGUUCCUGAAGGCUGGAGAAAUCAUUGCUACACAGAGAACAUCCUGGGGACCCCUGUGUAAAGCAGCUGCACCUGAUUUGAAGAGGGAAAAGGAGGCUGGAAUGGGAGUUGGAUACAUCAUCCUCAUUGCCCUCGCUGUGGUUGGGUUUGUGCUGGGAGUUGUGAGCCUUCUCAUUUUCCAGUACCAGCGAAAGAUGGGAAGAUACAACUUCAGAUUCAAGUCUGACAGCGUCAGCUACCAAGUGUUCUACGAUUAGAGAUCCUCGGGUUACCUUGUUGGGAUCAUGUCUCAUCAUGUGGAGAACUGAAGCUUGUCUUCACUCAACAUCUGGCUUUCAUUGCUCUUCUCAGUAGUGGACUGGAUGGGUUGCAACACUGACCCUUCCAAAUUAAUAUCCUACAUAAAGGGCUUCUAUAUCCUCCGGGGUUUUUUCCCUCUUUUUUUCUUAGCAAUCUGGCUCUUCCCUGGUGUCCUAAGAGCUAUUAAUGACUACAGCUCCAGCUUCAAGUGAAUUUUGGCAGUUUUUUCCAUGGAUAAAAUAGAAGGGAAAAACAAAGACCUCAUUAUUAAAAUUCCAAGAUUUAGCUCUCCUGCUGUGCCACAUCACUAUGUGCCCAUCUCAGCAUCACUUGUGCCCUUACUAUUGACAAGCUACCUGUUUUUAUAAAUAUUCCAGGAAGUGAAUCAUCAAACCUGUAGAGAAAUCUCUUUUUCACUUUGUAAUUGACUGUUUACUUAAGGUGAGGUGGAAACUUGGAGCUGCAACAACGUUGAAGACCUAAUUGUGCAACCUCUUAAGUAUACUGAGAACCUGGAGAACAAGCAUUGGAUUUGCCACCAAGUAAGGAAAAGGCACCAUGAAUCCGGGGCUUAACCUGCUCAGAGUGUUCUUCAGCACUCUGAUUUUGGGAUUUGAUGGUAAAUUCUGUAAUCAACAAGGACUCAGUGGAAAAAGAGAAGAGAAAAAAGAAACGAUUUUUCCUCCUGGCAGCCCAGAUAAAUCAAUUGGUACCUGUAUAUUCUGUUAAUUAGACCAUAAUGAUUGUGCAGUCAAGCCACAAGUGAGAGCAUUCCAAUUGCAACUGAAUAGUUUAUAUAUUUGAGCUGAGUUUUGCCCGGCUGCAAGACCAUUAUUACUGCAGCAAAGGCUCAGUUUACACACUCUGUUGGGUACAACAACAGUUUGUUCACCUGGAUAAACUGGACCAAAAGCCACUUCCACACAGUAAGCAUCUCCUGCAGGAUUCUUUCCUGGAGUGCUCUUCUGUGCUGCCCCAAAACUCCACUUCAGGGAGUGUGUUGGAAGAUGGAGAGUGAAAUGGUGUUGUAACUUGUCCCACCUCCCCUUUAUUCUGUUUGCUGCAUGUGCUCCUCCCACACAGUGACAGCCUGCUGUGACUGGGUCACAUCAAUUUAUAGUGAACAAACUAAUUCCUCCUCAAUACCAAUGGACAACAUUAUGAAUAAUUCUUAGUGGAAAUGGGUCCUUAAUUCGAAGGCAUGAACACUUUUAGUAGCCACAGCACUUAGGUGCUGAUUUUUUGGUACAGAACAGAAUAGGAAAGUUGCUUUUCUAUCCCCCUAGUCCAAUUUCUGUUAGGUAAUAAGAUUAACGGGGUAAAAGACUUCCACAUUUUGCAAAAGGUGAUACUAAUGGAUCUUAGAGGUUUUAUAUACACCUUUAAAAUACAUAAAUACAUUUCAGAGUUAGUCAUUUGCAUUGGGCUUUAGAUUCAGGUGAUUGUGUAAGGAGUAAAACACUUUGACUUAACUUGUCCUUGCUACCAUACCAGAUCUUGAUAUAUAUAUAUAUAUAUAUAUAUAAAUAAUUUAGUUGUCAUUAGUGAAACUAAAUUAUCUUUGCACUCUUAGAGUCUGAUGAACAUAGAAGCAUAGAAUGGUUUGGGUUGGAAGGGACCUUAAAGACC